GACGGGGGCAUAUAACCAUGCAGCCCAAGAACCAUCUGCACUCCGCUUCAGAUGCUCUUUGAUCCGUCCAACCGCCUCGAACUCUGAACUUGACCUUGACCACCACCGGCCCACUCCUAGCCCCAGCAGGUUUCUGGAGGGAGAAAAAGAAAGACCAUCGAAAAAGAAAAGCGCCGAAAAGCAGCUUCACGCUCUUUGCGGGCCCUCACCACCGGCGGCCACACGUCCAUUCCGUUCAAAUUGCACAAUCCUUCAGUUGGCGAACCUUGGUCAGCUCCAGCAUAGUCCAGACCAGGCCCUCCCAGCACCGCUACUAUUUUUUUUUUAUCACACCCCUCCCGCGCUCGCGCUCAUUCGCAAUUAAUAUCGUCGUCGACGCGUUGCUGAACGCUCUGAUACCGUGUGCUCUCGAUUGAGUCCACGUCUUGCGUAACCCGGAUCGCGAGCAGCCUGCGGUGCAACCCAGAUCAGCCUGGCCCUUAUUUGAUUCGCAACAAUUCUCGUCCCGCUCGUUAACUCAACCUGCUCCCGGAAAGCUGUGCCUCAACUUCUUCUUCGGACGGCUUGUUCCACCUUUGCAUCCCGGGAAGGUUCGUGAUACAAAGCUGACCCGUCAACUCGAAAGAGAAGAACGCUCCAAAGAGCAUUGCCCAGACACCUUGGCUGGUUUCCGCGCCAUAUACCUUUCCCGCCAUGGCUAUUGGCGACGUUCAGGACGAUGGUCGUCCAUUUGGCGAUGUGAAACAAAACUUGCCACUACUACAGCUUCCUAGAUCAAGUGGUUAUUUUGGGAAUGGCCACUUGCCACUUGCACCAGCCGACACGCGAGAUCAGUACCUUGACGCGAGAGCGGAUCCACGCAAUCAUCCAUACCAAACAAAUCUGUCGACUCCAAUCGACGGUGUACCUACACCGUUCACUGGGCUCGCCUUUAACGAAACUCAAGAUGGGAUUCGGCCUUCGGCACGGCGAUUGUCCUCGCAGCACAGCGUCACUUUUACUGUACAUGGUCUCGAUGAUCCCACUAGUGCCGAACUCCAGUUGCAACACGGCAAUGUGCCCACGUCAGAGCAACAACGAUCAAGACUGGAGCGUUUCAUUCGAAAGCUCUAUUCCGAACCCGCUGGGCCAGACAGCAAAUUUAGCACUCCGAUCAGGCACAGAACAACGUCUGCGGAUGGUAGUCGCCGUGGUAGCUGGACGCCGGACUACAGAGGUUCAAACUAUCGCUUCAUUUCUCAGGGGGGCAAAAGACCGGCAGAUCGCCAGGCCUCGCGUACAUGCACGCCGGAUGACGAAGAUGACGACGGCGAGUACUUGCCCAUGGACUACGUGCCGAUGCAGCAGAUACGACUCGGUGAUGAAAACGCUAUUCUUGCGUAUUACGACGCCAUACUUCGUGGCAUCCAACAGUUGGCCCUUAAGCAAGUCCUCAAGGAGUGGAUCAAGACCAUCGAGCCCAAGAAACAAAAAAAUUGCCCCUACAAGAAGGGUAUCAGACCGAAGUGGUGGCCGGAACAAGCUGCGUACAAAGAGCCAGAUCAUAUCAAGGUUGAAGAUCGUAUCCAUCUGGCUAUCGGCAUCAUUAGACACGCGCAAGACCCUAAGGAACUGAACGGCGAAGGUCUAGCUCAGCUCGAACGUGUAGCCAGUCGGCAGGAUCUCAUCUUCGAUCAAGAACCCCCGGAAAAGCAAGCUUUCCGCAAGCGGCUGUUGGAUAAUCUCUUUACUCUGGCAAGACAUGAGCAGCAGGUCAAAAAUGAUGAGCGAGACAUUACUGAAGUCGUAUCGUUGCCUAUGGUCAAGAAGUUUGAAAGGCCAAACAAGAAACGGAAGAAGACUUCCGACAAGAGUAAAGGUGCCGACACAGACUCAACCAUUGUGAACGGCGACGAUGAUGGCAAGACACCCAACGGCUUGCUCAAGCCAAUAACUCUUGGGUCAAAUGGUGAAAGAGAUUCUACCACUCCCAACACGCCUUCGUGGAGGCAGCAUUCUACUCAAGACAGCGGCAUCAGCUUCCCGCGGCCAAAUGAUCAAGGACAUGAUCAGCACAUCAUGUCGUACUCACAGCAGUAUGAUAGCACAGGGCAGAUGGACAGUCGUUAUUCAUCUUUUGAUGGAAGUCCGAUGGACGGCUCCGACUCGUCACCAAUAUCGGGAUACCCCUCCGGUACAUCCACAGGAGGCGGGCAUAUGAUGUACUCCACCUCGGCGCAAUCAGUCUCCAUGGGAUACGAAGCUCCCAUCCAUAGCCUGUCAACGAUGCAAAAUCAUGACGGUGCCAUGAUGUCUGGAAUGAUGGUACCGAGUCACGGACGCCCCCAGCUGACGACGGUCUACAAUGCAGUUACCGAAAGUGACGAUCGUAGCUGGCAAGCUACCCCAGCGUCAUAUAUGCCGCAAGCACAACCGUUCGCCACGCCCAGUUUCUACGCAUGACUCUGAUGUCUUAUCUCACCGCUAAACACGGCACGAGCUCCAUGAUGAAAUAUGUACAGUCCAGCACUUCUAGUGCGCAUUUCACGAAUUCUUUUUGGCACCAUCUUAAUCUGUAAUACUACCCCGCAUGCUUAGCUUUGGUACGAACCACUGUUGAUCGUCACGGGUUGGCCUUCACAAUCAGGACCUAAGUGUCCAUACAUUCUGUUUUUUUUUUUUUCGAGGCUUUGAGGCCUGAACCGGGCCAUCUCAUUGCCUGUAUUCA